CCCGGAGAAGACGACCUCCGCACGCCUCUCCACUCCCCCUGCAGUGAUCACAUACUUAGCGGACCCAAUGCCGCCGCUCGCGCCCCUCCGCGCCGCCGCGCGCAGCCCCAGCACCGCGCUCGUCCGCCGCCAACCCAACCUCAAAUUCCCGCUCAGCUUCCGCCCCAGCAGCCGCCAAUUCUCACAGUCGAAAAGCGUAAAGGGAAGUGGUGGCCACGGAUCGCACUACGAUGCCCCGAGCGGGUGGCUGUUCGGCGUCAAGCCCGGCGAGAAAUACCAGAAGGAGGGGUGGGAAGGCAUCUGGUACUGGGGGUUUUAUGGCAGCUUUGCCGUGGCGAUUGUGGCUUACGCAUUCAAGCCUGAUACGAGCAUUCAGACAUGGGCGCUCGAAGAGGCACGACGACGGCUGGAAGCCGAGGGCAUCUUGCAGGACCCCGCCACGAAGCCCAAGGAGUAGAGCGCCCACCGAGGAAGGAGCGUUGGGGCGAGAGCCGGCAAAGACUGCGUGGAGUGUACAUAUGACGGCAGACGACAUGUGACAGGUUUCCUUUGUGCAAGACUCAUAGAGUCGGACUGCGAGUGGCUUCAAUGCCGAAGGCUAUUGAGCAAUGGCAAUAUUAUCUGGCACUUGCGGGCGCAAAUUUCUCCAUGCCAUAUGUCUUUCCGUCCACCGCAUCCCCAGGAG